AUGUUCUCGCUCUUUUGGGGCUUAUGGAGUUAUUUGUUCACUAGAGCAGAGCUGCAUCUGCUGGUCGUUGGACUCGACGACGCGGGAAAAACGACGCUCUUAGAACAGCUCAAAGGCAUCUUUAGCAAGAAACCAGGCAUCCCCCUUGACAAAAUUCCGCCUACGGUGGGACUUAACAUUGCUCGAGUUGAUGUUCGACGGUCGAGGGUCAUUUUCUGGGAUCUGGGUGGACAGGAACGUCUUCGAGCGAUCUGGAACAAAUACUACAGCGAGAGCCAUGGCGUCGUGUUCGUAAUCGACUCGGCCAAUGAACGAAGGUUCCAAGAAGCCAAAGAGACGCUGCACGCGAUGCUGUCGAACCCUGAAUUGUCGGGAGUACCGCUGCUGGUGCUCGCCAACAAGAUGGACCUGGAAGACGCGAGAACGGUGCACCACGUUACAGAGGCGUUGGACCUAGAAGGACAUCGAGGCAGCAUGGCGAGUUACCCCAUCUGUGCAUUGACCAGGGAGGGCGUUGAAGGUGCGAUGAACUGGUUGGUGGAUGCUGUAAAAUCGAGCGACAGGUUCUAUGAGAAGUCAGCUGGAGGUGGUAAGUGA